AUGGGAGGAAAGGGGGGAAACCACUUUUCACAAGCUUGUACAGGCCUCUAACCAAUACCAAUGCAAAAGUCAAAGCAUGUGAGGAACGACAUUGAGGAAGCCAAAACAUCAACAGUGGAAGAGACGAGUGAGCUACCCACAGACAAAGCUGCAGAGAGAAAGAUGGAGAAUCCUCUGCUUUUAUCUCCCCAGCUCAGUGCUUCUUCAAGGAUGAAACUGCUAUGUAAAAGCAUGAAGCCCUCCAAUAAAGAUGCAGCAAAGACAGAAGCAAAAAACAGGGCACAGGAAAAGAAGAACCGGUUGAGUCUUCUGUUGAAGAAGUCUGAAUUGCAUCCAAAUCCCACCCAUCUUGACACUUUUGACAAACUGACAAAUGAUUCAAGCGAGUCCCCUGAAGAAAUAAAGAAAUGGGGUGAAUCUUUUGACAAACUUAUUUCACAGAAAGCUGGGAUGGAUACAUUCACGAGGUUCCUAAAAUCUGAGUUUAGUGAAGAGAACAUUGAGUUUUGGUUGGCAUGUGAAGAUUUCAAGAAGACUAAAGACCCUGGUCAACUUUCACACAAAGCAAAGGAAAUAUACAAGACAUUUAUUGAAAAAAAUGCUCCAAAAGAGGUCAACCUUGACUUUAACACCAAAGAAUGUGCCAACCAGAACAUCAGUUGCCCUACAAUCAACAGCUUUGAUGCUGCACAGACCAAAAUCUACACACUAAUGGAGCAAGACAGUUACCCACGCUUCUUGAGGUCCAACCUUUACUUAGAUUUGCUCAAUGGCAGACCUCUGGGCUACUCUGCACUUCGAAGGAGAUCACGCUCAUUUACUUUCAAUGAAUUUAAAGAUGCCCAGCCAGAUUUUGCCAUCUGGCUGUGAAGAAUCAAUCUCUGUUGGAGUCUACGACUUUCAGAUUACAGUGAUACUGACUGAAGGUCAUUGUCUCAAGUCACUUAUGCUAGUGUACCUUCAGAUUCUGAUGGAAUUUUCUCCACUGUUAUCUGUUAACAAUCUGAUCCUCAAGCCUUUUGUAUCUAGUUUUAUUUGGCAGUGAUGAUCAACAACUUUUUUUUUUUGUCUUAGGAGCUUCUCCACCCUCCAGAUCAUGGUCUGAGGACAUUAGUGCUCAGCUGCAAAAUAAUUAUCUUAAUAGCUUUGAAGCUUCACAGACCAAAAUGUCUAUACUGAAGGAACAGGCAAUCUCUAGCAAUAAGGGCUUCACUGUUAUGGAGCAUGUGCUCUUGAACAUAACAUAUUAACUCAACUUAUUAGAUAUAAAAUCCAAACUGGAGACAGGAGAUUAUAUACGGAUUCUGUACUUGCAAUUUGAAAAUAUUUUUGGGGUGUAGAUGAAAGUAAAGCUUCUGGGACUAUAUAUGUCCUGAGGGCUGACAGUAGACCAAUGCUUUACUUAUUGUAAAGUGAUUCAACUAAUAUUCUUGAAAGUGCUGUAUGCAAAAAUAUUCAUAUUCAGUGUUGUCCUUUCUAAUUCAGAGGUAAAAAAGGUAAAGGUCUGAACCCAGCUAUCUGAACCCUGAAAAGCCCCGGGAAGCAGAGUGGUAAGCUGCAGUACUGCAACCCAAUCUCUGCUCACGACCUGAGUUUGAUCAUGGCAGAAGCCAAGUUCAGGUAGCUGGCUCAAGGUUGACUCAGCCUUCCAUCCUUCCGAGAACAGUAAAAUGAGUACCCAGUUUCCUGGGGGUAAAGUGUACGUGACUGAGGAAGUCAACGGCAAACCACACUGUAAAAAGUCUGCCAAGAAAACAUCGUGAUGCGACUCCCCCCCCCCCCCCGGGUCAGUAAUGACUCAGUGACUUGCACAGGGGACUACCUUUACCUGUUUAAUUCAGAGGAGAAAGAUGGAAUAAGGCCAGCACAAGCCAUUCUGUUAUAGAAUAAGAGAAUAAGUGAAGCAAAACUUUGGAUUGCAAAUGAUGGAGAACAUAAAGUGGGCAGAGGCUGAGGAACGCUAAUACGCUGGUGUAUAUUUUCCUAUCUCCUUUUUCCAUCACAAGCAUACAAGUUAUCAGAAUACAAAAGCCACCCUGGUGCUGAAGUGCUCUUUUUAUCAAUAGUGUAUUGAAAUUUCCUUCCCACACAAGAAUACAAUAAAAAGAGAGAAAUAAUACACAAUUUAAAAAAUGACAUUCAGAAAAACAUAUACAUUAUCUGGGUGGGACAGAACAGAAGAUCCUGAAAUGCUGUUUAAGUCUGUCAGUCUCCGAAAGGCAUUUCGUUCAAAAUUUUCUCCAAGUAUAGUCCUUGAGAGAAAUGAGUUAUUGCCCGCUAACUUGUAUGGGAGAAUGUAAAAAGGGUGCAUUUUGGUCUACCAGUGAACUGGAGAUCAGAGCUUCCUCUUGUCUUUGGUAGACAACAGCAUCUGGGUUAAGGAGUAAUUUUCUCCUCCUAUCUCAAGAAUGCAACCUGCUCACAUUGUGCUGAUGAACCAGUGGGAGCUCUGGAGAGCUUAUCUAGUUAAGUAUAACUAAUGUAACUCAGGAUCUUUUGUUGGGCACCCUACAGUGCGAUAGCAGAGAGUAUCACUAAGAUAUGGAAACCAGCAUUUGCCUUUCAUAUCUCUGAAUGGACUAUACAGUGUUUGGAGUGUACAUAUUGCCUGAUUUAUGCACCCUGACUCAAAAGAAAGUCCCUCUGAGUCCAAUGGGUAUGACGUUUACUCCCAAGCAUGUGUAGAAUUGCAGCCAACUAUAUAGGUUUAAACAGAUACAAAGUCUGCUACAUGCUCUGAAUUCUGAAUAGGAACGGAUAAAGGUGGAGCUAUAGGCCAAGCUAGAAGUGACGAAUUACACUUGAAUGGCAAGUGAACAGAAUCAGAGCCAAGCUACAAGUGAUGAAUGAUACUUGAAAGGCAAGUGAAGAGACUAACGUGUAUUCCUCCCUGUUCACUUGCGCUCUGUGAGUCUCUUCAUUUGCCGUUCACGUGUCAUUCGUCACUUGUAGCUUGGCCCUAACAUGUAUUCCUUCCUGUUCACUUGUGCUCCACUUGCACUCCAUUCGACUGAGUGGAGCACAAGUAGAGUGCAAGUGAACAGGGAGGAAUACAUGUUUGUUCACUUGCCAUUCAAGUGUAAUUCGUCUUUUCUAGCUUGGCCCUUAGAUAACCUACUUACCUCAAUAGGUAAAUAGGUUGGGGGUGAAGAACAGUAGGGACUCAAUGCUGCAAAUUGAACAAAUGUUUAAUUUUAUUUUCUCUGAGGCCAAACUAGAUAAGAGGGCAUCCACAAGUCUGACCCAUGGAUAUCAACACUUUUUAAAAGGGAUUUUAAAAUGCUGUGAGGACUUGCAGCACAGAGCUCUUAUUUCUUCCUUCCCCAUGUUUUAAAGUGCCAAAAUCAGGAUUGGGCUCUCUAGCAUUUUUUAAAAUGGUGUCAGCGUCCACAGGUCAGACCUGUAGAUGAAGGUGUGUCUAGUUUGGCCCUAAGGAAUGAUUUAUUGUUGUGGUGGUAGUGCCUGGAAAAUAUCUUAAGGUACAAUUAAUAUUUAUUCUGCACUUGCAUUCAAAAGGCUGGCUAACAUGGUUGACUUACCUCACAGGAUUGUUGUGAGGAUAAGAUGGAGAAUAAUGAAAUGCACUAAAAUAAACAAAAGCGGGAGAGAGCUUGGCUGCGGGGGGCUCUUAUAGCAUAAACAGAAGACAGAGGAAAAGAUGAGGUAUGCAUGACACUGGUUUGUCCCCUUAAUACUUCUUUUGUUGCGUUAAGAACAGUUGAGUAACCUAGACAUAUUUUUCUGUGUUACCAUAUUGUAGGAAACCACUUUCAAUAUGAAUCAAGAGGAUGUCCUGUAUAGGCUACAGUAAUAUUAUAUUAGAAAAUAAAGUACAAAUGUUGAAAUAAAA